GGCGGGGCCUCCCCUCCCCUGCCCGUCGGCGGGAGGGAGCGGCUGCGGCGGGCGCGGGGCCGCCAUGAGGUAGGCAGGAGCCCCCCUCGGCCGAGUGAGGCAGCAUGGCAAGUAAGUGCUCCCCAGGCAAGACGGAGAGGUGGCGGUGGUGUUGGAGGAGAGAAGGGGGAGGUUUGACAGCCACCUCUCAAGAAAGAGUGUUCUUGGGGGCCAGGAAUGCUCACUCGCUCCUGAAACGCUUUCCCAGAGCCAAUGGCUUCCUGGAGGAGAUCCGGCAGGGCACCAUCGAGCGGGAGUGCAUCGAGGAGGUCUGCAGCUAUGAGGAGGUCAAGGAGGUGUUUGAGAACAAGGAGAAGACGAUGGAGUUUUGGAAAGGCUACACCAGCUCUGUGUACUCUGUCAAGGACCCCGGGCACAGCACGGAGCGCUCCGACGCUAUGUACGUGGUGGUGCCCCUCUUGGGAGUGGCUCUUCUCAUAGUCAUCGCCCUCUUCAUCAUCUGGAGGUGCCAGCUGCAAAAAGCCACCCGCCACCGCCCUUCCUACGCCCAGAACCGUUACCUGGCCAGCCGGACGGGCCGCAGCCUCCCCAGGGUCAUGGUGUACCGGGAGCGCUCGCAGAGCCAAGGGGAGACCCAGUGCCAGCGAGAAGCCGGCAACCGAGGGGCUGGGGAUGGCCGAGCCGGGGGCACCCCCCAGCCGGACGGCAGCCUGUGCCCACCGGAGCACUCUGUCUCCGUCCUCUCCAGACUGUCCAGUGCCACCCCGCCGCCUUCCUACGAGGAAGUGACGGGCCACCCGGAGAGCAGCAGCGGCGAGGAGACCAGCGUCUCCUACAACGACCCUCCGCCCAAGUACGAAGAGAUCGUGGCCGCGGCCCCCGCCGCCGGCAAAUAGCGGCUCUGCCUCCCUCCUGCCUCUUCACGCACUCGCACUCACCCAGCCACCUCCCUCGGCCGUGCCUGGGACCCCCUGCAGGUGUCCGGCAGGCCCCCAUCUCACCUGUACGAUCUGGUGCCAUCACACAAUAGCCUUACCCUCCUGACCAGAAGCAGGCGUCCCCAGGCGGGGCGAGGCAGGGCUGUGGCGUGGCCCUGGAGCCAGCCAGCCGUGUCCUGCCCCUCGCUCCCCGCUCACGUAAGUGCUGUAGCAGCCGGAGCAGGGCAGCGGCUUGUUCCUGGCUCAGUGUGGGGGUCUGCCCAUGGUGCAUUUGAUUCCCUCACUUCCCCCACAAACUGACAUAAACAUGGCCUGUGAUUAGAGCAGCCUUGCUGCCUCCCUGGGCUGCUGCUCAGCCUCACCCCACGUCCUCGCUGGGCCCUGUUCUGCUGCCCAGGGCUCUGAUUAGGUGGUGGAGAUGCAGGGUUGGGGUGGCCAAGUUCUGUCCGUCCCCGCAGUUGGUGGGGCCAGCUCUGUGGGGACGUGGUGCUUCCCCUGUGUGGGUUUGUUGCCAGGUGGGAGUGGGGAGCCCGGUGUGCACUGUGGCACCUGUAGCGAUAUUUGCUGUGUGGAGAUCAGGGAGGAGCAGUCAGGAAGGUGCUCUCUGGUCUCCUAGAUCUCUUUGGAAAGGGAGAAAGGGCUUGUGGUGGUCUUAUACUUGAGGUAAGUGACUUUGGAGUAGUGGGGCCUUUUCCUGAUGCUCUCUGCUUUCCCCCUGUGGGUGCUGAGCAGCUGGAGGUCUGGCUGCUGCAGAGCUGGCCAAGGGGGUCGUCUCUGACCUCGAGCCAAAUAUGGUCUCAUGGCUUUAAGUGAUGGGGAUUCAUCUCUCUCCUGGAGCGUAUCUGGUGUCUGCCCCAGAGCCGAGAGCCUGCAGACAGGCCAAACCUUUCCUCUCCCUGCCCCAAACCUCUCUGCCCUGCCUGGCCCCUCUCUUUGGGGCUCUUUGUCCUCCAGAGCAGGUAAAGUGAAAUGUGAGACCCCACUCUCCUCUUGACCUCAGGGGUGGGGCUGUUUGGUGUCCAGGGCUGUGGUGUGGAAUUCCUGCUGAUGGAGGCGGGAGCCACAAGACCAUGCCUUGAGAGUCAGGAGCAGGACCAAGCCCUGCUCGGGUGGUUGUGUUGCCAGGGCAGAGCAGAGCCAGGAGCUUUGCUGUGGGAUCAGUGUCCCCUUCCCCUGGGCAGCUGCCUGUAGGCUCCAGGCAAUGGGGCUGUCCUUCCCCAAUCAUAUCUGAUGGAUUAGCACGAGGUUUGUGCUCCAAACCCCCAGAAGCAGCCCAGGAGCUCCCAGCACUGCCAGCACCCGGUGUUCACCCAGCACCAGUGUGCCCACCAGCACCGAAAGGCUAUUGUCCAUCCAUCUGUGGCCUGCAUCCCGCCCGGCCCCAGCGAUGCUCUCGCAGCUGGUGCCCUCAGCCCAGAGCUGGGGCUUGCCUAGCGUGGCUUCUCCUGGGGCAGGACAUGCUGGCACCUCAUCUGUCCCCUCCCCAGCCUUAGCAGAUCGGGGUUAUGGGGAGACCCCACAGCCGAGCCUCAGGGCCAGAGCCUGGAGAACAGCAGAGGGAGACACAAGGGUGUGCUCCGCAUCCUCUGCCUUUGACGCUCGGUCAUUUAUCCCUGCGGUUUGUAUUCUGUAAAACUUGGUAUAUUUCUGUGCAAAAAAAAAAAAAAAAAAGGUAUUUAUUAAAAAACCCUCACUGUC